AUGUCUGAGUGUGGAUGCAAGGGAGUCCGCGCCUGUAAGUUAUGCGAGGAGCGGAAAGCAUCAGUGAUUGCGCCAUCGGUGGAAGAAAAGUUUGCGGAAUUUAUAUACUGCGAAAAGUGUGGUCAUGUGUAUAUUGAUUCUCCCACCUUAUCGCCGUGUGAAGAUCAUCUUGAUGGACCAUCCUUUCAUGGAGUGACUGUCUUGCUGGAAUUUAUUAGUGAGACUGAGGAGGAAGCUUUGGUUCGCGAAAUAGACACAUCUCCUUGGGUGCCCUCACAGUCUGGCAGAUAUAAGCAAGAUUACGGUGCGAAGGUGAAUUUUAAAAAGAAACGCGUUGCCUUGGGUGCCUUUACAGGACUGCCUAGCUACAGCCGAAGUUUAGUUAAGCGACUGAAUCAACGCAUGCGCGAAACUGAUCCCGCCUUUAGCGAAUUCUAUCCAGCCGAGCUCUGCAAUCUGGAGUAUCUGCCGCAGCGGGGCGCAGCAAUUGUCCCGCACCUGGACGACAGUUGGCUCUGGGGUGAGAGGAUUGUACUGCUCAAUCUAGCCUCCGAGACGAACAUGCUUUUUACUCUUCCAGCGAAGUCGGGCCUGCCAACUAAUUCGCUGGCAGCGGAUGAAUGGACUGCUUACAGAGAAUUUUCCAGGAAAUUUCUGUCGGACGAAGUUGUAAGUUUAAUAGUCCCUUUCAUGCAUUCUUUCAUGGUCUAUGUCUGA